CCCAUCGCAGCCCAGCGGCGCGGCGAGCGGAGGGGAGCGCAGGGCAGCGGCGCGGCGAGCUGCCGGGGGAGCGGCGAUGGCCGAUUACUGGAAAUCUCAGCCUAAAAAAUUCUGCGAUUACUGCAAGUGCUGGAUAGCAGACAACAGACCUAGCAUUGAUUUUCAUGAAAGAGGAAAGAAUCAUAAAGAAAAUGUGGCAAAGAGAAUUAGUGAGAUUAAGAAGAAAAGCUUGGAAAAGGCAAAAGAAGAAGAAAACAUGUCAAAAGAAUUUGCAGCAAUGGAGGAGGCUGCAAUGAAAGCAUAUCAAGAGGACAUGAAAAGGCUUGGAAUUAAGCCAGAUGAUGUAGGUUCCAGUUCAACACAGAGUAAAACACAGAGUAACACAGUGGAAACUAAAGCAAAGAAAGAAAAGAAAGAGAAGAAGGAAAAGAAAGAAAAGAAAAAAAAGACACCUCAGGAUGCCUCAAAAAUUGAAACAAAGGAGUGGGUGCAAGGAUUAUCUCCCGAAGGCUAUACGUACUACUACAACACAAAAACUGGAGAAUCACAGUGGGAGAAACCGAAAGGAUUCCAAGGCAACUCUCAAAACUCACAAACGGGAGCAGAGUGGGUGGAAGGUGUCACUGAAGAUGGUCAUACCUAUUACUAUAACACACAAACUGGAGUAUCCACAUGGGAGAAACCGGCUGGUUUUGUUUCAUCUUCAAAUGAGAAGGGUCAGAGUGACAAGCCUGCAGAAACAGCAUCUGAAUCAGACUCAGAAGACAGUGAGAAUGAAGAAGAGAGUUCAGAAACAAACUUCAAGAGGAAAGGAGAUAAUGGUGAGGAAUCAGAGGAAGGGAAAAAAUCUCCCAAAGCUAAAAAGUUAAGCCCUUAUGGGAAAUGGCGAGAAGUUAAGUCAGAAGAAACCACGGAUAAAGAGAAGAGUACAUCAGCUUCCCAAGAAACCUCUAGUGAUGGAUCUAACAUGACCAACCCUUAUGGAAAAUGGAAAGCACUUAAAGAAGUAGGGGAAGAACAAGAAGAAGAAGCAGGUGAAAAAGUGGACCUGGAGCUUCCAAGUACCGAGAGUGACAAUGUAGCAGCCCCAGUGCUAGAGGAUCCAGAAGAGGAAACAGUCAUAUUUAAAGAGAAGACAGUCACCUCCCUCGGAGACCUGACAGAAGGGGUGCCCAUGUUUAAGAAGAGGAAAUUUGAAAAUGGAAAAUCUAGAAACUUAAGACAAAGACUAAGUGAUCAGUAAUACUUAACAAAUCAUUUUAGAUUCUGUUUAAGCUAGAGUGAAUCAAAAGUAUAAUAUUUUCAACAGGCUUUUAUAAAGAAAGUGUUGGAUAGAAGUUAAGGAUUUAUAGGUAAUAAAGCAUACGUGAGUUUAAUAUUUUUUUAUUUUAUUUUGAUGUGAUUGGUUUUGGAAUGGAAGUUUGUGUGAAAUUACUUAUGCAAUAUUGUACAUACAUGUAUUCUUUAUUGUAACCAUGCCAUCCAAGUUCUAUUUGCUCUGUGUAUGCUGUUUUAAAUACAUUUCAUAAGGGUUUUUUACUCCUUUUCUAAGUAUGUGAGAAUGCAGUAAUCCUUAAUCUGACAAAAAUGAAGCAGACCUUCUAUUUUCAUAGAGGAACAGGAUCAACAGAAUAUACUAGAGAGUAAAAUCAUCCCCCAAGAUUGUUUAUGUGGUGUAGUUUCUCCACUAACAAGUAAAAUAUUGUGCUUACUAACCUUUGUCUGAUCGCUUGCAAAAGAGUGGGUGGUGAGACUGCCAGCAUUUCAAACUGAUCAUUUAGAAGCUGUUUUUAGAAGAGUUAGUCACAUCAGUGCCACCCAUUCCAAAUGAUGUUCUGAAAAAUUAUUUGUGUAUGCACAUGGUAAAUGUAUUAAACCUCUGCAGGAGAUUUAACUCUGAUCAAUCCUAACUUGUAGUCACAGCACCAGAGCCACCCCUGUUGGAGUAGACUUUUCUGUGAUAUCUUCCUGUCUCCUGCUUUGUUGUCUACUUGAAUUUUUCCUUCCUUUUACUUAUCAAGUUUUCUUUUUUAGUCUUGCUUUCUUUUUGUCUAUUUCCUAGCAAAAAACCACUUGCCUGAUAUUUUAAUGAAAAAAUACUUUAGAGACUUGGCCCUGCUACAGCAUACAGGACCAUUUUUGAGGUGGUUGUGUUUUUUCUGUUGGUAAGAAGUGUGUGUUUUAUGGUUGCAGUGUUGGAUAAGCUGAGAGGGCCUAAGUGUGUUGAAGCUUCAUCAUUCUCGUUACCACAGGGGAGGAAACCAAAAGAUCAGCAGAGCUGAUGGCUGUAGAGUCCAAGUUGACUUGGACAUUUUCUGAAGGAUUGUCCCACUUGGUGGGAUUGGUCUGCAUUAGCAUCACCAGGAUUCAUUGUCUGUGUCAGAAUAUAGCUGCACUCAUUGCUUCUCUAGCCACCAAACAGUGAACCAGAAAGGUCCAAAUAAUGAAUCUGUUAAAAACUAUGUCUCUAAUCUUAAAGCUCACUAGUGUUUUGUUCAGGAGAGUCUCAGUCAAGAAAAAAAGGAAUGCAGCUAAGGCAGUUGUCAAGAGUCCAGCAACAUAGAGUUAGUAACUGCUGAGCUUGAAUGUCUUUGAGAAAACAACUAUUAAUCUGUUGGAUCAAUUGAGAAAGGAGUGCAGGAUAGGGAAUCUGGUUUAUUCUGUAUUACAGUGGAAGCUGAAGUUCUUUUUUCUAUUCUUAGAAGAGAAUUAGUUAUUGUAUUUAAUCCCAUGUGUUUUCUUGGCUUCCGCAGGGUUGGUGUAAUUUGGGUGAUGUUUGUUCUGAUAAAUUGGAAAGUUUACUGUAAUAUCUGACCUAUUAUUAUUUAGAGAUGCAGGACACAUGCAGGAUGCUUCAAAUUCUGAGAUGCAGGAAUGUAUGAAAUGUACUCCCAGAAGAGGGUUUCUUAAUCAGGCUUUAGGGUUUGUUCUUACUUGCGCAUUACUCUGGGAGCCUGCACUAACUUGAAGUUUUCUUGUGUUUGUGGCCAAUUUACACAAGUCCUGCUAAGUAGCUUUCCUUCAUCUUGAAUCCAUCACAUCUUCUCUUUUUGAAAUCAUAAACAGCAUCCCUGUGUGACAGGAUCUUCAGUGUCCCACCAGUGCUUCUCUUCACCCAUUCCAGCCUGUGUCUGCCUGGACUACACUUGCCUGGAUGGAUUUCCCUGGGCUAGUUCACCUUGAUUAAGGCCAUGCAUGAUAUCACCAGUACUUCUUAGCAUAUUGGAAGUAACUCUUGAUACUUCCCUAAACCUCAUUUGCUUUUCCCAUGACCUCACACACUGUCGGCCAUGGGCACCGUCACCAGUGAUUUAGCACUAUUCUUUCUGCCCCUUUGCUUUUGCCAGCUGCUGACUUACCAGCUGGUCAUGCUUUCCUUUCAAGCACAAUUCUUUAUUUUCUUAGACAUUUUUUUGUACUGCUGUACUCAUCCUCCUUCUGUUACUCCAAAGUAUAUGCAUUUCAUUAUGAUUUCUGAAAAGUUGUUUUUGUUUAUUAGUGCAGUUUUAUCGAAUAGUAUAGAGUUUUCUUGUAGGUUCCACUUUUAAUGUCCUCUGAGGAGGAUAGCUUUCCUCUUUUAGUGAGGUUCCCCAAAUAUUAGCAUCUUUCCUUUAAAAUGCUUUGUCACUUUGAAGUGGUCACAGGCAGCGAUUUAAGAUACCUGUAACUAAAUCUCUUGAGCAGAUGUUUAAAGACAUCUGAAAAUGAGUGCUCAAAACUUCUUUCCUUGUGGAGCUGCUGUUAGUUGUAAUAUGAGCCAAAGGUCUUUGUAUUGUAUUAAGUAGAAAAACCAGAACAUUAGGAAAAAAGACUGAAAGUUUUCUUUGCUUACAGCUAGUAAAAGUUAGUUUAAAUACCAUACGUGUGGUUUAAGCUGAUGUGACUUUUAAAGCCUGCAUUUCACAAAGAAAUACAGCACUUUGCUCUCCACUACCUCUGAAAGUCAGAGACCAGUUAAUUCUUUGUUCUUAAGUGUAAGUUAUAAAAAAGGCCAGUUGAGUUUUGAUAUAUCCUAAACCAUUGCUUAAUUUUGCACCAUGCUGUCAUUCAAUUUCCUUACUGUGUUUCUAAACCAAAUAUUUUCUGCUCUACACAAAAACAUUGUCUUGUGUGAGAUUUAAGGCAGACAUUGCUUUUCCAGGACAUCUGUUUUGCACAGAUUUCCCUCCCUUCUGUCCUAGCUCCCUGCAAACUCUUCUGCUUUUGGAAUUUGCUAUAGGAGCCCUCUAGGUAUUGCCACUGUUACCCUCCUCAUCUGCUAACCCUUCUUUGGGCUGUGCUGGCUUUUGACAAAGGAAUGUUCUUUUUACUGUUUCAGCCAAGAGUUGUCUUUUCUGGCUGAUCUAUUUUCUAUCAGACAGUGUUUUUAUCUGCUUGCCUGUUUUUAUUGCCAGCUCUUUGACUACACCUUUGGUUUUAUGUGAUGUCAUAAGCAUUAUGAGCAAUAUGAGGAGAGCCAGAGAGCAGGGGGCAGUCAUUGCAAUUUCUGAUGAUGAUGAUUUCUUCUGUGUGGUUUUGAGCCAGUCAAUUCACUGCUCUGUAAUUUUCUUUCCUUGCCUCAUGUUUUCAUCCACCCUGUCUGCUUAGAAAGGCGGCUUCACAGCAUAAGACUCGUGUGUGUUUUUACAGCAAGGCCUGCCUGAAGUUGGGGAGGCUUUUAGAAGCAAAUAUAUUGCAUAUAUGGAAAAAAGAAAAAUUGUUUUGUUGAGCAUUUGCUAUGCCAGGAGCUGUGCAGAGACUGCUCAAUUUUACCCAUGUUACAGAAUAAUCCUUGUUCUUAUUUAGGCUAAAAUGCAUUUUAAUCCUUCACCUGGGGAUUUGUAGAUUGAAA